AUGCACGAGACGCCUGCUUUCCAUCGUCAUGCAGAAGCUACCACCGCCGAGCUGUUCUAUGAUCUUUUCUUCGUCGCUAACUUGACCACCUUCACCGCCAACCUCGAGAUCAACGACUCUGAGGCUCUGUCCGCCUACAUCGGCUUCUUCUGCCUUCUGUGGUUCACAUGGUAUCAAACGUCCCUUUACGACGUUCGGUUUGCUGCCGAUAGCGUCUUUGAACGAUGCUGCAAAGCCCUCCACUUUGGCGUCAUGGUCGGAUUUGCCGUUAUUGGCCCGGACUGGAAGCCAGGCCAGGCCGUCUACAGCUACUCAAAGUUCAAGGCCUUUUCGUACAUCCUUAUGGUCAGCCGUUUUGUACUCAUCUGGCAGUACGGAGUGACACUGUUUUUUACGUGGAGGUAUCGUCGCACUCGCCUUCCCCUUCUGAUGGUUAUGGCCUCUUACUUGGUUGCCGCCAUAUUGUACGGAGCCCUCUCUACUGCUUUCCCGAAAGACUCCGAUACCCCCGCGACAAGCAAUGUCUACAUUGCCUGGUAUGUCAUCGCGAUCGGAGAAACGCUGCUCACGACCGCUGUCUCCUGCUACUGGAGAGUCAUCAGCUUCAAGGGCACUCAUUUGGUCCAACGAAUGAGUCUGCUGACUCUUAUCAUCCUAGGCGAAGGCAUCAUAGUCAUCUGCAAAGCCAUCUCGUACAUCGUUAAGAACGACUAUCCCUUCGACUCUAGCGUUACCGGCCAGAUUGUCUCAUCUAUACUCAUCAUCUACUUCUUAUAUAUGCUCUACUUCGACCGCUUACGGGAGGACCACUUUGGCACCAUAAAGCAACAGAUCUGGGCCUUUAUCCACUUCCCACUCCACAUUUCGCUUGUACUCCUCCUCGAAGGAGUCUCCAACUUUGUCACCUGGCGGCAGGCCAUAGUGGGGUUAGAGUACCUUGACUCAUGGAUGAACUAUGGACUUAAGGACUUCUUUGAAACCAACCCUGUUGACUACAAGAAUGUUACUUUGGCCAUCGACUACUACAACAACACCGCUGCCGAGCAGGUCUUCGCAUUCGUGCCAAAGGGCACAGAUCUCACGGGUCCUAAGCAAACGGUUGAGAAAGCCCUCGAAGCAAUGUCCAAGGCCUUCACUCCUAAUAUGACCGCGACUGGAGCUUGGAACGACGAGGACUUCGUCACGGCGUAUGCCGACUACUACUUCACCCUCUUCAACACCAACCUCGAGGCCUUGGCUAUCAAGGCUCCGGAAAAGAAGGAAAAAGAGGGCGCCAAGCCGAACCCGGCAGAUACACUCGUUGCCUUGUUGAAGGUGUUUGAUCUCAUAUUCGUCUACUUCUUCGUUACCGCCGGCCUCACGCUAAUAGUUAUGGGAACCCUCGCCUUCCUCUCCGAAAAGCCAAAGACCAUCGGCGCCUACUUCCGCAACGGCAUGUAUUUCACCGUCGGUCUUGCGCUGUGCCUCCUGUCGCUCCUGAAGUUUACGGCCGCCGAAGGCAAGUACGAGUAUUCGCCAUGGGUCCUGCCUACACUCACACUCAGCUUCUUCGCUGUUGUCGUCAUCAAUUACAUCAAGCGCAAGCCGAAGGCAUAUGAGCACUAGAAGGUGGCAAUACUGGGAGCUCUAUACUUGGAAAAGGAAAGAGAGGAAGAGUCGGAGAAGAGAGGGAGCUGAAGCGAGAAGGGGGUUUGGCGUGCUAUCUAUACCGGGGAAGGAAAAUGAUUGUUUUGGCAUUGAGCGUAUUGAGCAAAGACCUUGUAAUGUUUUCCGGGGCGCGAUUUCAGCCAGUCUGCAUUUACACAUCUGUUCUCAUAUGAGAAAGUUAUUCGGGGAAUUUGAAAUAUGGCGUCUGCAUUCAUCUCGUUUCUAUUCUCCUCGUGGGCACGUUCUUGCAAACGUCGCACUCGCAUCAGAUUUUGAGCCUUACGAUGAUCAGGUCCGGUUGAGUAGUGACUUUACAGGUUUUCUUUUCGCUUCUAUUCUAACACAUUUAUAUACACAAAAGAUUUGAACCUAUCCCAGUCUAAC